AUGGUAACUUUCAAGCUUCUACUUGCCAUUUCAACUAUUCAAAAUUGGCACACAUUGCAAAUCGAUAUCAAUAACGCGUUUCUUAAUGGAGAUUUAAACGAAGAAGUCUACAUGGUCAUUCCACCUGGUCUCUCCCUCAUUGACAAUGACAGUAAUGACUCAAACCUUGUAUGUAAACUUAAUAAAUCCAUUUACGGUUUAAAACAGUCAUCUAGACAAUGGUACCAGAAGCUUUCGGAUGCUCUCACCUUGGAAGGUUUCCAACAAUCACAAGCCGACUAUACAUUAUUCACCAAAGGUUCUGGACCUAAUUUCAUUGCACUUCUAGUUUAUGUAGACGACAUCAUCAUCGCAGGCCCCAAUAAAAACCUUCUGCAUCAGCUUCAGGACUCCCUCAAUCACCGGUUCAAAUUAAAAGCUCUAGGACCUCUCAAAUACUUUCUUGGGUUCGAAAUUGCAAGAUCAUCAGAAGGCAUAUUCCUCUCUCAAAGGAAGUACACCCUUCAGCUGUUAACAAAUACUGGUUUUGCAGGGAGUAAACCAGCUAAAACCCCAAUGGACCCCAAAACAAAGCUUGAUGACAUUGCAGGAACUACUCUUGAUGAUCCAUCUGCUUAUCGACAACUUAUUGGCUGUUUGUUAUAUCUUACAUUGUCCAGACCCGACAUCACCUAUGCUGUAAACACUCUAAGUCAGUUCAUGUCUUCUCCUCGUACUCCUCAUAUGCAAGUCGUGCAUCAUCUCCUUCGAGAUCUAAAAAGAUGUCCAGGACAAGGACUCCUCUACAGCUCUACUUCCACACUACAUCUAAGAGGCUUCUCUGAUUCAGACUGGGCCUCCUGUCCUACCACUCGCAGAUCUACAUCGGGUUUUUGUAUAUUCAUAGGUGAUUGUCUCAUUUUCUGGAAAACCAAGAAGCAAACGACCAUUUCUCGAAGCUCAACUGAAGCCGAGUACAGGGCUCUUGCCACUGCAGGCAGUGAAGUCACUUGGCUUCAAUACUUACUCAAAGACUUACAAAUUCCUCAAGAUGCUCCUGCAUUUCUCUAUUGCGAUAACCAAUCCGCAAUCCACAUAGCUAACAAUCCCACCUUCCACGAGCGCACUAAGCAUAACGAAUUAGAUUGUCACUUCAUACGCGAAAAGAUCAAAGCUUCAGCAAUUCGGCUCAUACCAGUAAACACUACUCUCCAACUUGCUGAUGCAUUUACCAAGCCUUUGCCAUCUACCAUCCUCUCUUCCCAUAUUCGCAAGAUGGCUGUAUAUGACAUAUACAGUCCAUCUUGA